AUGCUUCCAUAUGCAUCUCACAAAGCUGGCAUGGAUAAUGUAGAUAGGGAGGAAGUAAACAAAGUAAUAGCACGUCAUACGUCGGGGAAGUACCAGCAGUACCAGAAACAACGGGAGAAAGGAAUGGAAGACAAAUUGAACGAAAUAAAGAACAAACUACAGACAUUGACUCACCGUGAACUUGAGGAAUCUCACAAUAAUGUAAAUUUACUAGUAAUUCUUAUGCAGGGUAGUGUAAUGUUGUAGUUAUGGUUAUGUUUAUAGGUAGAUAUGAUACUAACAGAGCUUAAAACAAAACAAGACUACUUACACUUGUAUGUUCAUGUUGAUAUGGAUGCUUUCUUUGCUAACGUCGAGAUGAGGGAUGAUCCUAGGUUGCGGAGCGUUCCUAUGGCUGUCGGUGGUAACUCAAUGUUGGUAUGUUGAUGUCAAGUUCAUAAAAAUAAAAGUGUAUUUUAGUUAUGAUUUAAUAUUGUACUAUAGUAAAUUUUUUAGAGUACGGCAAACUAUAUAGCACGAAAAACUGGUGUUAGAUCAGCUAUGCCAGGUUUCAUAGCCAAAGAACUCUGUCCGAAUUUGGUUAUUGUGUCUGGAAACUAUGACAAAUACAAGAAAGUCAGCAGAGAAGUCAAGUCAGUGCUUCAGGAGUACGACUCGAACAUGUACUCAUUAGGGCUGGAUGAAGCGUGUUUGGAGAUUACACAAUAUAUGAAAACGAGGACAGAGCCUAGAACAUGGUGUUUUAGACAAUAUAGUGGAGAAUGUGAAUGCAGAUUGCCACGCCAAAGAGAGGAUCUCACGAGUAUUGGUACUGUAACUUCCGAGGAAAAAGAAAUAUGUGAAAAGUGUAAUAAGGAGAAGGUUGUCACGGUGUCAGAAGUCACUUUUGGAGUUACGGUGGAGUAUGUUAUCAAUGAGAUGAGGCUGAGAGUCGAACAGAAGACUGGACUGACUUGUAGUGCUGGUAUGAAUUAUAUAUUGUCAUUAUACGGAUGAAGUAUACUGUACUGCUUUAUAGAAGGUUAUAUUUUCAAAUUAAUUCACUUACCUAAAAGGUAUUACUGUUUAGGUAUUGCAUGCAACUACAAAUUGGCCAAAAUUUGUUCAGAUUUGAAUAAACCUAAUGGUCAAUAUCUUUUGAAGUCAGACCAAGAUACCGUGGAUGAUUUUGUAAACAAACUCUGCGUCAGAAAAGUAAGAAAUCGCAUUAAAUUCAGAUUUUUUGAACUUUUUGUAAUUUUAAAACUGUUUAGUAUAAUAUUCAAUUUGUUAUAUAAAAUUGUUUUAGGUACCAGGCAUUGGUCCAACAACUGAAUUUCUUCUAAAAGGCCUUGAAAUCUUUACUUGUAAGGAUCUACAUGACAAGGCUAACAUUAUACCCUUGUUGUUUCAACCCGCUACAGCCUCUUUUCUUCUGCGAUGUGCUGUUGGAGUAUGGGGAUGUGAAGAUGAAGGUGAAGAGAGCAGUGGUAAGUACGAUUACCAAAUUACGGUAAUUAUAUUUAUACUGAAAUGUGUAGUAGUGUAUAGCAUUGUAUUGAUAACACCCUCACAACACUGUUCAGAAGGCCGUAAGAGUAUGAGUGAAGAAACCACCUUCCAAUCUACUAACAACCAAGCUGUCUUACUGUCAAAGUUACAAGAAUUAUGUGCCAGCUUACUACCUGAUGUGUUGAAGUACUACAAAGGCUGUCACAAUAUUGGCGUCAUUGUGAAAUACGACAGUUUCGAAAGAGUUACUCGACAAAAAACGGUCGAUGUUACAGUAGACAAUGUGGAGAUAUUCACAAAGUUGGUACUCGAAUUGUUCCUGAAGAACUGGGACAAGCAGAGGAAGGUCAGUAUUAUUGUAGAAGCUGUGACAUUUUAAUAUUGGUUUAUAGUCUAAAGUUGGCUACUUUGGUGCAUUACUGUAGCAUACAUUGAAUGGUUAAAUGAAUAUGUUUCAGAUACGAUUACUCGGUGUACGAUGUUCUCACUUUGUAGAUUCUUCUGAAAACAGACAGUCUACCUUAUUUGGGUAUUUUCAAAAGCCAUCGUCAACCUCAGAUUCAGAAGAUAUCGAAGUAAUAUCAGGUAUGUCACUUACAAUUUUUAGAUUAUUUUAUGUUGAUUGAUGUUCAACUAUAAAGUAAGCAUUUUAGUGAACAUUAAUACCCCUAGGGUAUAAUUUAAAAAGUAAUCAUUUGAUAUUUAAUUACGGUUUGGAAGCAAAUUGCAUAAGAUAUCAUUAUAAUAUCAUAUAAUGUUUGUAGACGAAAGAUAUAACAUUAUUAUUGGUUUUUUGAGUUUCAAUUUGAUUUUCUAAAUCCAAGGUUGAAUUCAAGUGGGUGUGGGGCAAUAUAAAGCAAGUUUGUUUAAGUUUGUCAGAAGUACUUUUACUACCAAAUAGGAGAUGGCCAUUUGUUAUUACUGUCAUUGAAAGUUUAAUAGUAGCCUUACUAAUGACGCUUCCAGUAGUACCAAAGGCCAACAAAGAAGUUCGACAAGAAAAAAGAGCCAAAGAACCUAAGGGCAAGACCCAAAAAAGGCCUUCCAAACCGAUGAAUACCAUCGAUACCUUCUUGAAGCGACGUCGCCACGAUCCCGACGAAAUCGUCUUACUCGAUGAUUAA